AUGUUAUGCUUGAUCGCAACUAGUAUAUGGGGUAGAAGAUUGGACUCGGAAAGCCCAAUCCGAGUAUCGCCUCCACUGAUUGUUAAAGGACCACCAAACGAUGAGUUACUUUUUGAAGUACCUGAAGAUAAGGACGAGUACCGGCCAGUUAUUUUAAAUUGUGAAGCAGAGGGGUUUCCCGCACCAAGAUAUUCAUGGCUCAAAAAUGGCAAACCAUUUUACUAUCAAACUUAUGAUGACAGAAUAUUAAUGCAACCUGGACGAGGUAUAUUAGGCAUAGUUAAACCAGUAAAUGAAGAUAGUGGUCAAUACCAAUGUUUUGCUGAAAAUGAAUAUGGUAUUGCUACUUCUAACUCUGUCUUCUUACGUAGAGAAAAACUUGAUUCAUUCAAGAUAAGUGCUCCAACGACUGUUGUUGGUAACGAGGGCGAACCAUUCAAGAUAUCGUGUAAUCCACCUGGAGGGUAUCCGAAACCCAAAAUUAGUUGGGUUUAUUUUUUAAUUCAGGUGCCAUUAAAACUAUUGAUCCAGAAGGAAAUCUGUGGUUUGCUAACUUAA